AUGUUGGGCUAUGCCUCCUCGGCCGGUGCCUUUGCCUUCAGUACAGGUAAGCAAGGGUUGACCAUCCCCUCCUCUCCUGCUCGCGCUCGCUCUGGCCCUCGAGAGCUCGGACUACGGCACUGACCCGACUUCUUCCUCCGACCCCGCCCAGCCACAUCCUACGUCUUCCGACCAGAUGCUUCGACAUCAUCCUUGCCCGACCGGAAACCGCCCCCUUCGUCGUCGUCCUCCUUAUCAUCGUCAAACUCGUCCGGCACACAUCCUCACGGCGCGACGAACGGCCGAAGCCGUGGCGGUCAUCGACAGCACGUCGACGCUCUCGCACCUUCCAAGCGACCUCACACCAACAAGGACGGAACACGGCGAACUCGGCCGGUUUCCCAACUUCCCUCGGCUCAUCUUCCAAAUGGUACGAGUACCUCAGCAAGUACCAGCACCGGCUCAGGCACGACUUCAACCUCGAACGGUGGCGGUCGAGCUCACGCCGAUCAGACCGAUAAGCGGGAAGGGCAAAAAUUGGUCGAUCGCAUCAACCUCGAGGACGAUUUGUAUCGCAUCCUUGGAGUUGCAAGGAAGAGCAAGACGGAGGAGAUUAGGAGGGCCUUUCUUUCAAAGAGUCGGCUGUGUCAUCCCGAGUGAGUUGACCUUCGAAGCGGGGGGGGGGAUGGUCUCGGAUGGGAUCGAGACGCUCUAUCGGACUCGUGAGAUGCCAAAUUGCCUGAUUCUGAAAAACUGAGAGAGCCAUCUAAUUUGAUUCGUCAGUAAACUUCCCGACUAUGAACCUGCCACCCCGGCGUUCCAAAGACUAUCCUACGCUUACGAAACGCUGAGCAAACCGGCCAGUCGAAGGAUGUACGAUCUGGGCGGAGGCAAACCACUCGAUCACGGUCAGUUCGAUGGUGACGGAAUUUGUCUUUUUUUCGUGCACGAACACAAGAAUUGAUGCUCUCAUCCUCUUUGAACGCUCAGGAGCUCCGAGAGGGGACGCCGACUCGGGGAUGGGUGGUGAUGAAACGUUGAACGGAGUGUUGAGAAACGUCUUUACAGAGGUGAGGCCUGUGAAGAGCAACUUGAUUAUGGCGCGAUUCUUACACUUGACCCUGUUGGCAAUCUCAAACACCCACAGUUCUUGGCCGGCGAUUUCGAAAUGAUCCGAGUUUUCGUCAGUGAGUCGCACGAGUCAUAACAUCGACGGCUCGGCCUCCCCCAUGACCGUUAACUGAAUUUACCUGCACAUGAACAGAUGCACUCAACGAUGGGAAUCCUGGUCUCAAUCUUGGUGACGAAGCCGUCGACAACCUUGAAGGCGCUUUCCGAAAAGUUCGCGAGGUCCUCCUUAGUAAGUGAUUGAAUUUCCCAACCAACCUCUCUUCCAACAUAUCUGACGCCUUCUUUUCCUCCCUUUCAACCUACCCUCCUUUUACAAGGCGGUCAAAAAUACAUGCGUAUCGUUAAAUUUGAGCUCAUACGCCUCUACGAGAUUCAACACUCCCUCCGCUCUUUGGGUUACUUUGAUCUCGUCGGACGCUUCCGCCUUACCCUAGCAUUGACGAGGGUCACGUUGGAGAUCCCGAUGAUGCUUGAUCGAGCAAUGAGGGAUGAGGUGCCGAACGUUCCUUAUGGACUUGGACCGCCAGGGAAAGAGCGAGAGACCAAAAGUGGGAAUAGGGAGACCAACGGUGAGGAAAGGGAGGGGAGGGGGAAGAAUGGAGAGGCUUCGGGAGGGAGUGCGGCGGCUGGCGCGGGGGAGUUACAGAGACGUGGGUUGUUGGGUCCGAGGGUCAAGGGCGUCCUCGUCGUCGCUUGCAAGAUGCUCGAGAAGGCCGAAAAGUUCGGGACUUGA